UUCAAAACCAAUAUAAUUUAGUCCAUCCGAUCCAAUAUAAAUUGGAUUGUGAUUUUUUCAAUCCGAUCCAAUCAUAUUAGAUCGAUGUUUAAACCUAAUCUAAUCUUAUCCAAUUGAUAUUGGAUUGGAUUAGCCCUCAGCUUUAGCCCUAAGCGCGGGCUGCCUUCACUCUUUUUCUAACCCUCUACGUACUCAUUAAGACACAUGGCUUUCUCUUUUUCUUUUUCUUUUUUUAUUCUCUCUCCGCCACUCUUCUUCUUCCUCCUCUCUCUUUUCCUACCAGCGUUGUGUCACUCCAGCCUGCAAAACAUAAUGAAAUUAAAAAAGAAAAAAAGAAAAGGAAGGUAGUUUGUUGAUUGUUCUCCUUGUCAUGAAUGAUGAACAAUAUUAGCUCUCAGCUUUGGCUCCCUUCACUCUUUUUCUAACCUUUACGUACUAAUUAAGACAUGAAUUUCUCCUUUUCUUUUUCUUUAUUCUUUCUCUCGCCGCCACUCUUCAUCUUCCUCUUCUCUGUUGUCCUAAGAGUGUUGUGUCGCUUCAGCCUGCGAAACAGAAUGUAAUUAAAAAAGGGAAAAAAAAAAAAAGGAAGGAAGGAAGUUUGUUUGUUGAUCGUUCUUGUCAGGAAUGAUGAAGCUCUCAGCUUUUUUCUAAACUCUAGGCUCUACGUACGUACUAAGACAUGCAUGGAAAACACAUUCAGAUCUUUUUCUUUAUUUUAAUAUUCUUUCUCUCUCCGCUACUCUUCUUCCUUUUUCCUGUUCUCUCUUUUCUUUCCAUCUAUAUAAGUUUACCGGUUUUCCCUCUCCUUGGUCACUCUUUUUCACUCUCUCAAAUUCAAUAUCAACUAGUUAAACCAAUUUUCAUCCAUUCAUUCAUUCAUCUGACCUUGUCAUUAACUUUUCCCAACAUCCACUCAAAAAGUGGAAGCUGAUCAGUAUUUUGUCUUGCCCACAACCAAAAAGAACCGCAUGGAUCGCACCACUUGGACUGAUCAGACUCCGUCAGCAUCGGUCGAAGUCGUUGACCAGGAAGCUGCUGCAACAGACAUCAAAACUGAUGAAGCUGCUGCAACAGACGUCCCAAUUUUAAUGGGCAUGGAUCUAGAUGUUUUCAACGCUGCAAAAGAAGGCAAAAUUGAUGUCCUCAGGGGACACGAUCCGCAGCAUCUUAACAAAAUAUUGACUCCAACCCGUAACACAGUCCUCCAAGUUUAUAUAGCUUAUGCAAGCACCCCAAAGCUCGUCAAACCUAAAGAAGAAGCGCCGAUCAAGCCAACCAGCUUUGUGGAGGAUAUCCUUCAGAUCUGUCCGACACUGCUAUGGCAGCAGAACGAGAGCGGUGAGACUGCCUUGCACAUGGCGGCCAAACAUGGGCUUGCUGAAAUAGUUGAACUUCUCAUCCAAACUGCAAAAGCUCGUCGUUGUGAAGACCUCGAGCAUGGGGCUGCCGCCUUCGCCUUAUCAUCGUCAUCAGAAGAAGAAGCAGCCUGCUGGAAAAAUUUUAUAAGGACACCUAGUAAGGAGAAGGACACAGCCUUGCACGAGGCAGUGCGGUUUAAGCACCUUGGUGUGGUGGAGAUAUUGAUCAGAGAAUACCCUGACUUUUCCUACCCUCCUAAUGUUGCUGGGGAGACUCCACUUUAUUUGGCUGCCGAGAGGAAAUACAAAGCUUUGUUCUCCGAAAUACUUCGCACUUGCAAGCAUCCAACUUACCAAGGCCCCAAUGGAAGAACCGCUUUGCAUGCUGCAGUGAUUUACGGUGAUGAAGAAAUGACGGAAGAAAUACUAAACAAGAAAAAGGAUUUGGCAAUAGUGACAGACGAAAAAGGAUGGACCCCACUUCACUACGCUGCAUUCUAUGGUCAUGAAUCAAUUGUUAUACAACUACUAGAGACUGGUAAAUGCAGUGCCUACAUGGGUGACGAAGCUGAUAAGAAGACCGCUCUUCACAUUGCAGCCUCCAAGGGCCAUGUUCAUGUAAUGAAACAACUUAUUUCCUAUUGUCCUGAUUGUUGCGAAGUGGUCGACCAAAGACGUCGAAAUGCUCUUCAUUAUGCCUUGGAGAAGAGUCAAUCUCGAAUUAUAGAUAUUGUUAUGAUGGAUGCAUGGCUUAGCAACGUCCUCUUAAAUGCCAAGGAUGUUGACGGCAACACACCCCUCCAUCUACUUAAUGCUCCUAUCUACAACCGGAUUCCUUUCAUUACUGAUGCUAGGGUUGAUAAGAUGGCAUUCAAUAAGGAACACAUGAACGCUCUCGACGUCAUUAAAGCUAAUGAUAAUUUUAAAUCUAAGAUAUUAUUCAAGCAUGCUUUGAAAAGGAAUGGUGCAGUAUCAGGCCAUCGACUGCUAAAAGAAAAUGAUCAUGAUGGCCAGAAGUUAAAGGAAAACAAAUGUGGUGAAGACAUUGAAUUGGAUAAAAAUAUAAGAGAAUCCCAUCUGAUAGUGGCUACACUCGUAGCAACUGUUACAUUCACAGCAGGUGUCACCAUGCCUGGUGGUUAUUACCAAAGUGAUGCAUCAGGGGGAAAUGCCAUGAGUAAAGUAUCAAAGCAAAAUGUUAUGGUCCCAGCCCCGGCACCGAUUAAAGGAACAACUCCGGGUUAUGCAGUUCUAACAAAAAAUGCAGCUUUCAAAAUUUUUUUUGUAUUCAAUAUGCUAGCCUUGUGUUUGUCCACUUAUUCCGUCCUUGUGCACCUUGUCUUAUUGAUACUCCCAGAGGGAAAAGUGAGGCACAAAGUAUUUUGGCAUUCUACUAUAUAUAUCACUGUAGCGUCUGUACUUGCAAUGAUGGGUGCAUUCAUUUCAUGCACAUUUGCAGUCUUAGGUGAUUCUCCAGAACUUGCUUUCUCGGGUUUAGUUAUUGUUGCCUAUGUAUUAGUUUUCUGUCUUUAUGUUGUAUUUUUUGAAUUUAGGUGGGAGAACUUUCUCGUUUUUUGGAAAAGAAAUAUAUAUAUAUAUAUAUAAACUUACCCGCUCGUUUAAGAUGAUAAAACGUAGAUGUCACAUCGAUUGGGACUAGUCGGUGGCCACCCUUCCCUUCCAACCUUCGUCCAUGCCUCUCCCCUCUCCCUUGGGCUUUUAUUAGCUUUUGGAUGGCUUGUAUUGCUUGGUAGUUUUUCCUGGAUUUGUGUGGCUGCUUUUGUUUGCUUUGCGUGUCUUCAUUUUGCAGAUUUGGAGUUCCUGCCUUUUGUUUUCUACUUGGUGACGACAAGGUGGGAGAGCAACUUAUGUAUUUCCUUUUCUGUGUAUCAACUCUUUUUGAGUUGGGUGCAAGUUUGGAUGUUCUUCCUCUGGUGAUAGUUGUAGAGUUAAUAAGAAGUACAUUUAAGGUUU